AUGCAGAAACUGAGGCUGCGCAGCCCCUGGGUGCCCUCGUGCCUCGGGCAGCCCCACAUCCUGCAGGGCCGACUGGCCAGGUCCUCACCCUCGCUCUGGGACAGCGCGUUGCAGGAGCAGAAGGGCGAGCUGCGCAAGCGGCUGUCCUACACGACGCACAAGCUGGAGAAGCUCGAGACCGAAUUCGACUCCACGCGCCACUACCUGGAGAUCGAGUUGCGGCGCGCGCAAGAGGAGCUGGAGAAGGCCAUGGCCUCCUGUUGCAGGAUUCAGAGCAACUAUCUGGCCCUGCAGAGGAUCAACCAGGAGCUGGAGGAUAAGCUGUACCGCAUGGGCCAGCACUAUGAAGAGGAGAAGCGCGCCCUGAGCCACGAGAUUGUUGCCCUUAACAGCCACCUGCUGGAGGCCAAGGUGACCAUUGACAAGCUGUCGGAGGACAACGAGCUCUAUAGGAAGGACUGCAACCUAGCGGCCCAGCUGCUGCAGUGCAGCCAGACCUACGGCAGGGUCCAUAAGGUGUCCGAGCUGCCCUCGGACUUCCAGCAGCGCGUGAGCCUGCACAUGGAGAAGCACGGCUGCAGCCUGCCCUCGCCGCUCUGCCACCCGGCCUAUGCUGACAGCGUGCCCACCUGCGUCAUCGCCAAGGUGCUGGAGAAGCCCGACCCCACCAGCCUGUCCUCCCACCUGUCAGAUGCCUCGGCCCACGAUCUGGCCUUCCGUGACGGGCUGGAGAAGCCAGGCCUUCGGCCUCCAUACAAGGGGGACAUCUACUGCAGCGACACGGCCCUCUACUGCCCCGAGGAGCGGCGGCGUGACCGGCGGCCCAGUGUGGAUGCACCCGUGACCAACGUGGGCUUCCUGCGGGCCCAGAACUCCACCGACAGCGCAGCCGAGGAGGAGGAGGAGGCCGAGGCCGCCGCCGCCUUCCCCGCGGGCUUCCGGCACGACACCUUCCCCAGCUACGCGGGCUCGCUGCCCACGUCCAGCUCCUACUCCAGCUUCAGUGCCACGUCCGAGGAGAAGGAGCAUGCCCAGGCCAGCACGCUGACUGCCUCCCAGCAGGCCAUCUACCUGAACAGCCGCGACGAGCUCUUCGACCGUAAGCCACCCACCACCGCCGCCGCCUACGAAGGCAGCCCCCGCUUCGCCAAGGCCACAGCCACGGUGGCCACCCCGCUCGAGGCCGAGGUGGCCCCGGCCUUCAAGCGGACCAUGUCGCCCUACCCGACAGAGCCCUUCCGAUUCCCAGCCUCCCCGGGUCCCCAGCAGGCCCUGAUGCCCCCCAACCUGUGGAGCCUGCGGGCCAAACCGGGGUCUGCCCGGCUGCCCGGGGAGGAGGUGCGGGGCCAGUGGCGCCCCCUGAGCGUGGAGGACAUCGGCGCCUACCCCUACCCGGCUGGCACCGCGGGCCGAGCCUCGCCCUGCAGCUUCUCCGAACGCUAUUACGGCAGCGGGGGCAGCCCGGGCAAGAAGGCCGAGGGCCGUGCCAGCCCCCUCUACGCCACCUACAAGGCAGACAGCUUCUCAGAGGGCGACGACCUCUCCCAGGGCCACCUGGCUGAGCCCUGCUUCCUUCGAGCCGGCGGCGACCUCAGCCUGAGUCCCGGCCGCUCAGCCGACCCACUGCCCAGCUAUGUGCCCAGCGAGGGAGAUGGGGUGCAGCUGUGCGGGGCGGCCGGCAGCCCUGAGCCCGAGCAUGGCCCAGGCUACAGCAGCGAGCACAGCGCCCACAGCUCCCGGGACUCCCUGGAGCCCAGCUCCAUGGAGGCCUCGCCGGAGAUGCGCCCUGCAGCCCUCCUCAGCCCCCAGCAGGCAUUCCCUCGGACUGGUGGCUCGGGGCUGAGCCGCAAGGACAGCCUCACAAAAGCCCAGCUCUAUGGCACCUUGCUCAACUGA